AAAAGGGACAGCCCAUGAGCAGGAUGUUGAGCAUGAGAUGAAAAAGGGCGGAUUAUUGCUGAACAGGGUUUGCUCGUGUUCUCAUUAUUUUCGGAAUCAUGACAUGAACUGCGGUAAAACACAUGAAUUAUCAUGAGCGGUUUUCUUGUGAACGUAUCCGGUGCCCUUAUCCACGUUACAAUCUGUGGGCAGCCGGGAAGAUGAUCAAGGGAGUUGCGGAGCUCUAGACAGGGUGAGUAUUUUUUUUUUUUACGUAAGGUAAAGAAACGAGAGUAUAAAUAAUUGCUGUAAAUGCAACAUGUAUACCAUUCAAUUGAAUUUGUCCAUCUCUAGGGCCAUUCAGUUUCUAGCUAUUCUCAGAGCCUUCUUCUAUUUUUCUUUUUACUAAACAUCUUUGCUUCCGACUGCCAAUAUGGUUGCAUUGAAGAGUCUUGUCGCCUACGCCGUUUCUUCCGUUUUGUUCGGAACUGCUGCUGCCGUUGUUCCUUGGUAUGGACAGUGCGGUGGUAUCAACUAUAGCGGUUCUACUGAUUGCGCUGAGGGUAGCGCUUGCAAGUACUCGGAUGCGUGGUACAGCCAAUGCGUUCCUGGUGCAUCCAAUGAUGGCUGCCAGAUUGUUUAUGGCCAAUGCGGUGGCAUUGGUUGGGAAGGACCUACUUGCUGUGCUUCCGGUUCCGAGUGUAUAAAGCAAGGAGACUAUUAUUCGCAAUGCACCCCUAAACCUCCCAGUGAAGAAUGCGCUCCCUGGUGGGGUCAAUGUGGUGGAAACAAUUGGAAUGGUCCUACUUGUUGUACCGAAGGCAGUGCUUGCAAAUACACCGGUUCUUGGUACAGUCAGUGCGUUCCCGGUGCUGCCGAUGAUGGCUGUCAAAUCGUCUACGGCCAAUGUGGUGGCAUUGGUUGGGAGGGUCCUACGUGCUGUGCUUCUGGUACUUACUGUCAGUACCAUGAUCCCUACUACUCUCAGUGUGUUGUUGGAUCUGCCUCUUCCAGCUCUUCUUCAUCCGUCCUUGCUGCGACGACGUCUUCUGUCCCCUCCAAUUGGACAUAUCAGUCCAGUUCUAUGAGUACAUUCACUACUUCCACUCGCACUCGCUGUCACUAAGUAUGGUGCUUUUCUAUUUAUGCAAUUUUUGGCAAUGCCUAAUGAACUGAAAAAGUUCUUUUAUUCUUUUUUGCUUAUUAUUUGAUUUCCAACGACGAUACAUGAUGAUUGAAUUAUUUUUAACUCAAUAAAUAAGGU